UAUUUUGGGAAAGACGGGACAAAAUUGGGUUUCAACAACUGAUGAAGACUUUGCCAAUAUAAAGAUGUCCCAGGUUGUGCUCCCUAGACCUUGGGAUAUUAGCGAUGAAGAGGUUGCUAAGAUAAAGAUGUCCCAGAUUGGGCUUCCUAGACCACUCGUCAUGGAAGUUGAAGAAAAAGACGUGACUCCUGAAAAAUUGGUGCGAAAGAAAUUUCCAGGAAAAUUAGCCCAAGAUCCAUAUGUGGGAGAAUUUGAUUCGGGUACAUCCAAGUGUAUUUUUGAUAUCAAGCAUCCUUUCAUGAGCGACAUUGAUGAAUUUAAUCCCUUAUCGGUUUUGCCCCAAGAGUUUGUGGAAUUCGUUGAGGAUGGGAUGAAUAUGACACGACGGUAACUUUUACUCAUUUUAAGCUUUUUAUAUUCUGGUUUUUACACUUUUGCAAAUGUCUUGAUGGUGUUCUUUUCUUCAUGAUUUUUUUAAGCCCCAAAACUCUGUAUCGUGACGGAAAAAAUGAUCUCCCCGAAGAUUUUUGUUUUUUGGCUCGUGUCAUAUAAACAAUAAGGACUGGUUCGAAGCACUUGCACAUAGUGGUCAACCUUUGAAAGACACGCAUUUGGAUGUCAUGUUUUACUAUUUGAGGAAGAAGGCAAAGUAUGGACCUAAUCUUGCCGUAAAGUUUACUACAACGGACUUUUGUUUCAACAAGAAGCUUUAUUUACUCUAUAUGGAGUUUGAGGAAAAAAGUCAAGAUUUUUCUGUGAUCCCAAAAGAGCAUGAAGUAGAAGAGUACAUUAGAGGUUGUUGCUGUGAUGCAAAUGUAGCUUGGCACAAAGUUGAUCAUGUGUUAUUCCCAAUUUAUGCUGAUCAGGGGAAAAUCUAAAUUGAGACAUUGGGUUUUAGGUGUCUUUACCUUCAGUGAUUGGUGUAUCCAUGUGUACGACUCCCAAUGUGAUUCAAAAAAUGAUAAACUUGUUAUGAAAACUCUGGUACCUUACAAAACAUUGCUACCGUACUUCCUAGAAAAGUCCAAAUUCAAUGUUAAGAGGGGCAUUGACAAAACUCAAAGUGAUGCUUUGCUGAUAAAUCUGGUUAAUAACCUGCCACAACAAAUCAAGAGUGAUUGUGGAGUUUUUGUUGCUGUCUUUGUUAAUUAUUUCGUGCAUCGUAAAGAAAUCAAAAAAGACAAUAUUGACAUUGAGAUACAUCACACCAGGUAUGGAUCCCUAUUGUGGGAUUAUGGAAGAAAAGAACAAAAGGCUGUGGGACUAAAGAAGUUACUGGCAGAUGGUUUGGGAGGAAGAAGAGGAAACGUGAGGAAAAGUAGGGGCUGCAUAUAAUUGCUUUUUGAAUUUCAUUGGAGGUUUUGAAGCGGUAAUGUAAAGUACAGACAGUGUGAUUUUUAAAAGGGAAUUUGACUAAGCUGUUUUGAUGCAAUACUGUAAAGUACAAUGAUGUUGCUAAUCAAUGAAAUGCACAUUUAUUGUGUACGUUUGUGAUUA